GCGGCCAAUUAGCAUGCGCUCGUUUGAAUAUUCAUUACGCAUCAUGCGUUUUAAAAGUGGAUGUUAAUUGUUUUCUCCUCAUGCAAUUAUAUAUAUAUUUUUGAAUCUCAAAGACUAGAAAGAGGGAUGGAAUUAAUGGUUCAAAAAAGGAAAAAUGUCUGAGAUCCUCCAACUUUUGCAAGUCAGGCUUUCAAAGGACAAAGGGCGGCGAAACAAACUGCUGUUCAGAUGGACACGCGUGUUUCUGCUGGUGCUCUUGAUCUGGGAUUUUUUCGACAUCUCUUUGAGUACCAGUGUGACAGGAUCCACGGCUGAACACGAAGGAUUUUGUCCCAACAAGCUGAACUCCAACCUUUGGGUUGACGCGCAGAGCACCUGUGAGAGGGAAUGCAGCGUCGAUGAGGACUGCGCCAAACACGAGAAAUGUUGCACCAAUGUGUGCGGCCUCAGCAGUUGUGUUUCUGCACGUUUCUCUGACGGCACCCCUGCUCACCCAGAUGGGAAGGAAGGAGGCAACGGAGAUGCUGCCCCCGCCUCCACUGCUACCUGUGAGGGGUUCAUCUGCAGCCAGCAGGGGGCAAUCUGUGACAUCUGGGAUGGACAGCCUAUCUGCAAGUGCCAGGACCGCUGUGAGAAAGAGCCCUAUUUUACCUGUGCAUCGGAUGGCCUCACUUAUUUUAACCGCUGCUACAUGGACGCAGAAGCCUGUAUCCGUGGAGUGACUUUGACUGUGAUCCCUUGCCGUUUCUACCUCGCUGGUCCUCACACAAGUCCUUUGCCUCAAGAUACUACAGUUUCUCCAACCCCAACAACCUCCCAUGAGGACCCCAUGCCCCCCACACUAUACUCCAACCCUCACCACCAGUCCAUCUAUGUUGGGGGAACAGUUAGCUUCCACUGCAACGUUAUUGGAGUUCCCAGACCUGAUGUGACAUGGGAGAAGCAGAGCGAAAGGCGUGAGCGACUAGUCAUGAGGCCGGACCAAAUGUAUGGCAAUGUAGUCAUAACAAACAUUGGACAGCUAGUUGUUUACAAUGCCCAGGUGUGGGAUACAGGCAUAUAUACAUGUAUCGCAAGAAACUCUGUAGGAGUUCUCCAAGCAGAUUACCCGCUGUCUGUUAUCCGCCGAGCCGAUGAUGAUUUCUCAGAGGAUCCCGACUUGCCCAUGGGACGGCCGUUUUCUCCAGCAGAUUGCCUGGCUGAAGUUGACACUAGAGUUUGUAGCGGGGAGCGUCACGUGGACUGGUAUUAUGACAGCAAGCUGGGCUCAUGCAUGACCUUCAGCAGUGGCGGGUGUGACGACAGUCGCAACCGUUUUGAGACUUACGAGGAGUGCAAAGCAUCCUGUCAAAGAGAGGGAAUGGGGAUCUGCUCCCUGCCAGCAGUUCAGGGUCCCUGCAAAAACUGGGAGGCACGCUGGGCCUGGAAUUCCUUAAUGAAACAGUGCCAGCCCUUUGCCUACGGCGGAUGCCAGGGAAAUGCAAACAGCUUCCGCAACAAAAAAGAGUGCGAGGCAAACUGUCCGCAGCCCAAACGGAAACCAUGCAGGACUUGUCGGAUGAGAGGGAAAAUGAUGCCCAGCUUGUGCCGCAGCGACUUUGCUAUUGUCGGUCGGCUAAUGGAGCUCAUUGAGGACCUCGACUCAGGUUUGGCUCGCUUUAGCCUGGACGAAGUCCUGAGGGAUGAAAAGAUGGGUCUUACUUUCUUCAACACUAAAAACCUAGAGAUGGCCAUUGUAAAGAUUGACUGGAGCUGUCCCUGCCCCAACAUCACCAUGGAGGAGAACCCCUUGUUGGUGAUGGGUAUGGUGCAGGACGGUAUGGCCAUUAUCCAGCCAGACAGCUACGUCAAAGCCAUAACUGAACGCAGGCUUCGGAGGCUGCGUGACGCCAUCAAUAAAAAAACAUGUGAAACAUUAUGAAGCUUGCUGACACAAUGGCAGAUUUAUUUUCAAGAAUAUAAGUGAUUACAGCAUUUUAUUUAAAGUAAUGGGAAUCAGUUGUAUAUAUUCAGUCAAACAGAGGUUAUAUUACAUUCAGGAUAUUAUGAGACGACUUAUACAGAGCUAAAAUUGUAUUUUUGAAUUGCAAACUGGAAAAAAAAAAUCAGCUAGAAAAGCUGCUGAACAAAUUCAUUAUGUUGAAUAAAACCUAUUCUGUACUAUUUAAAAUAGAUCCCUGCUGUAUAUGACCUGUAGACUAUUUUAUGUGCUCUUAAAAACAUAUGCGUGUUUUGCCCCUAUGGUCAUGCUUUUUCUUGUACUCUUUAUUCUGUUAUCUACCUCUAAAAAGCACUUAUGCUUAGUUACUAAUUUAACUGCUGUCUGUCUUAGGAUAAAUAAAAAUAAACAUUCAUGUAAGAGUUUAA